CAGAACUAAUAUUUGUUACAACUAGAGACUGAAAUGGUAUGACUGGAGCUUUAAAGAAUUUGGCUUUGACAGCUCCAUCAUUUUCUGAGAACUUGGAACGGAAUUUGGGCUCUGCUUCUGCACUAUCCUAGUUUAUAAUGCCAUCCUUGCCUAACGAGGGAGAUAACCAUGGAACUGCUCCUCUGACUCUGAGUUCGGAACUACCCUAUCAAAGCACAAUUAAAAGAAAAGUCAGAAAGAAGAAGCAUGGAGUCAUCACUGCAAAUGUCGCUGGCACAAAAUAUGAAAUUGUACGUGUAGUAAUACGAGAAAUGGGAUUUGUGAAAACACGUGAUGAAGAUGAAACAGCUAAUCUUAUAUGGAGUGAUUCUGCUGUGCAACAAGAAAAGAUUGCUGAACUUCGGAACUAUCAGAGAAUCAACCAUUUUCCAGGAAUGGGAGAGAUCUGCAGAAAGGAUUUUCUGGCAAGAAACAUGACUAAAAUGAUCAAGAGUCAGCCUCAGGAGUAUAGUUUUGUUCCUCGAACGUGGAUCUUUCCUGCAGAAUACACACAGUUUCAGAACUAUGUAAAAGAACUGAAGAAGAAACGUAGACAGAAAACUUUCAUAGUCAAACCAGCUAACGGUGCAAUGGGACAUGGGAUCUCUUUAAUAAGAAAUGGAGAAAAGUUACAAGUUCAGGAUCACUUGAUUGUUCAGGAAUAUCUUGACAAACCAUUUCUUAUGGAAGGCUACAAGUUUGAUUUACGUGUGUAUAUUCUUGUAACCUCCUGUGAUCCAUUAAAAGUAUUUUUAUAUCAUGAUGGACUGGUGAGAAUGGGCACAGAAAAGUAUCAUCCCCCCAGUGACUCAAAUCUGAGUCAAUUGUAUAUGCAUCUGACUAACUACUCUGUCAAUAAACAUAAUGAACACUUUGAACGGGAUGAAACAGAAGACAAAGGAAGCAAACGCUCCAUAAAAUGGUUUACUGAAUUUCUGGAAACAAAUAAUCUUGAUGUCUCCAAAUUCUGGAGUGAUAUUUCAGAGUUAGUAGUGAAGACUCUCAUAGUUGCAGAGCCACAUGUUCUUCAUGCUUAUCGCAUGUGCAGGCCAGGGCAAGCACCAGGAAGUGACAGUGUCUGCUUUGAAGUCCUGGGAUUUGAUAUUCUGCUGGACAGAAAACUAAAACCAUGGCUCCUAGAGAUUAAUCGUGCCCCAAGCUUUGGAACUGAUCAAAAAAUAGACUAUGAUGUAAAAAAAGGUGUUCUGCUAAAUGCAUUAAAGCUUCUCAACAUACGGACAAGUGAUAAAAGGAGAAAUUUAGCUCAACAGAAGGCUGAGGCUCAAAAAAGACUGUAUGGUCAAGGUUCAAUGAAAAAACUGUUGCCAGGAUCCUCAGACUGGGAGAAGCAGCGCCACACACUGGAAAGGAGAAAAGAAGAGCUGAAGGAAAGACUUGCGCAAGUACGUAAACAGAUUUCCAAAGAGGAGCAUGAAAAUAGACACAUGGGGAACUACAGGCGAAUUUACCCUCCUGAUGAUAAGACAUUACUUGAAAAGUAUGAGAGUUUGUUAGCCACUGCUUUCCAGACGUUUCUUGCUGGGAGAGCAGCUUCACUUCAGCGGGAAAUGAAUAACCCUUUAAAAAGAAUGAAGGAGGAGGACAUUUUGGAUCUUCUGGAGCAGUGUGAAAUAGAUGAUGAAAAACUAAUGGGAAAAUGCACCAGGCAGCGAGGACCUAAGCCCUUGUGUUCAAUGCCAGAAAGUGCACAGCCCUUAAGAAGACUUAAGAACUACAAUAGUGAUAGUAGCUGUGAUAGCAGUAGCAGCAUGACAGAAUCAGGAGAAGAAACUGAAAAGGAAGAUCACAAUGAAAAAAAAGAGAAAAAAGUUUCGUAUGAUCUUGAAGAAAAUAAAUAUAAAUCUUUGGAACGAUCAGGUCCAAUAAGGCGUUCAGUAAGCUGCCCUCGUUCAAUAUCAAUAUUGACUAUGCAGUCACAAGCAGCUGAGCAACGUCCCUUUUCAGCCAAAGCAUCUCUGCAAAUCCAGCAUGCAUCCUCAGUGAAUAGAUCUCAUUCUUUAAAUCGCAGCCCAUCUUCGGCCAGAGUCCCUCAGACACCCAGCUUGGGAACUAUGAACUCUUCGGGGAGUGAGUCUUUGCUGCAACAGAAAACAAAAGAGCAAGAAGUUGCUUUGACAAAAGAGACUCUUCUCAUUAUCAAUGACAUGAGAAUGAAGUUCCCAGGUAAAACAGAUGAAGAAUCGGAAUUAAUUAUAGAAGAUAUUAUGGAUAAUUGGAAGUAUCAUAAAACAAAAGUGGCAUCCUAUUGGUUGGUAAAACUGGAUUCUGUAAAGCAACGGAAAGUUUUGGAUAUAGUCAAGACAAGUGUUCGUGCAGUUCUACAGCGAGUCUGGAAGGCUCCAGACAUUGAAAAUUUACAUCUGUACCGUCUCUUUAACCGUGUAUUUAAUCGCUUGCUUUGGAGUCAUGGUCAAGGUCUAUGGAACUGUUUCUGUAAUUCAGGGAGCUCUUGGGAAACCAUAUUCAGUAAAAGCACAGAGGUGGUGACUCCUGAGCAACUCCAGUGUUGCCAACGAAUAGUACAGCUUUGUAAACACUGCCUGCUGGUGGUUUACAAAUAUUCAUCAGAUUCAAGAGGCUCUCCAACUGGGAUUAGCCCCCACUGGGAUGAUACAAGGUAUUUAUUGCCAGGACCUUCACUGUUCAUCAUGAAAUCAUCCUCGUCCAACCUUAGCUGCAGUUCAUCUGGAAUGCCUCGCCCUAACGUUUUGUUCACACACAGAUACAGUCACUUGUGA